AUGGCGAUGGCGAGUGAUGAAACAAUAAGUUCGAAUAAUUUAGAUGAAAUUUCUAAUCAUGAUUUUAAUUUGAAUGGCCCUAGACACGGCUUUGGGGAUCCCUUCACACCCCACGACUACAACGAAUCAUACCCACUCCUCCCUUACUUUGUUUCUAAUAGGCAUUUCACUGGUGGAAAUCCAUACCCUGACGAUCCACCCGAUCCCGAUUGGAGGCUCAAAGAGCGCCUUAAAACUAUCAGUUGCGCAAUAGUUCUCUGCUUAAAUCUCGGCGUUGAUCCUCCGGAUGUCGUUAAGACUGAGCCCUGCGCUGUCCUUGAAACCUGGGUUGAUCCAAGUCAUAUGCCACCCACUAAAGCCAUUGAAACUAUUGGUCGUAACUUACAGCAACGUUUCGAAAGCCUAUCACAGCGUACACGUGUUAAACAGUACCUGGACCCCUCUGUCGAAGAAAUGAGAAAGCUCUGCGCAAGUCUUCGUCGAAAUGCUAAAGAAGAACGUGUCGCUUUUUACUAUAACGGUCAUGGCGUCCCAAAGCCCACAGCUAGCGGUGAAAUUUGGGUCUUUAACAGAAACUACACUCAGUAUAUCCCUUUAUCGGUUUUCGAUAUACAGUCCUUCAUUGGCAGUCCUGGUAUCUAUAUCUGGGAUUGCUCAUGUGCCGGAAAUAUUCUCAAUUCUUUUGUCAAAUUCGGCGAAAGGAGGGACGAUGAUAUUCGAGCUGCACAUGAAUCAACCAAACAAAUGGCUGCUGCUAAUAAUAUGGCUCACACUAUGCCUACCUCCCCUUUCCCUGCUUCUGUUGAUGGUAGACCUGAUACUCCCCCUGUCUUCUUUGCCCCACUAGGUGACUCAAUUCAUAUGGCUGCUUGCUCUUCGGACGAAAUGCUUCCUAUGACUCCCGAAUUACCUGCCGAUUUGUUCACUUCAUGUCUUUCAUCCCCAAUAGAGAUGGCUGUUCGCUUCUUCUUACUACAAGAUCCUUUAUCAACAAAACCCGACCUCGAUCUUUGUUUGAAGAUACCUGGUGAAUUGAAAUUACGUAAAUCACCUUUAGGCGAGCUCAAUUGGAUUUUCACUGCUGUCACUGACACAAUAGCUUGGACUACUUUUCCAAGAGAGACUUUCAAAAGACUUUUUAGACAGGACUUGAUGGUCGCUGCACUUUUUCGAAAUUUCCUUUUGGCUGAGCGUGUUAUGCGAAAUUAUCACUGUACACCAAUGUCUCACCCAGUCUUACCACCAACAUACGAUCACCCAUUGUGGCAAAGCUGGGACUUAGCUGUCGAUGGCUGUCUUUCACAAUUGCCAGCAUUAUUGAAUCAAGAAAAAUUAACUAGAGAAGCACAAUACAAUGAUCAAGCUGCGAUAGAACUGAAGAAGGCAAACCUGGUACAUUACAAGCAGUCGUCCUUCUUUCAAGAUCAGUUAACAGCCUUUGAGGUGUGGCUCAGUAGGGGUUUAUCGAGCAGUUCGGGACCAGCCACCGCCCCUCGUUCAAUGCCUGCCACCUGGGAUCCUGUCAAGCGCAAAGAUUACAACCCGCCUCGUAAACCUCCAGACCAGUUGCCGAUAGUAUUGCAAGUCUUACUUUCACAGGCUCAUAGAUUGCGAGCACUUGUGUUACUGUCCCAUUUCCUUGAUUUAGGUCCAUGGGCGGUCAAUUUAACCCUUUCAAUUGGCAUUUUUCCAUACGUUCAGAAGCUGCUCCUUUCGCCCGUUCCUGAACUCAAACCCCUGCUUAUCUAUAUCUGGACUCGUAUAUGUGCAGUUGACAGAAGCUGCCAAAAUGAUCUGUUGAAGGACAAUGGCUUUGCUUACUUUGCUAGAGUACUAUCACCUUUCCAGGACGAUGGUGGUUUACAAAUAUCAAACGUAUCUGAGCACAGGGCCAUGUGUGCAUUCAUUUUGUCGUUGUUUUGCAGAGAUUUUAAACCAGGUCAAAUGGCUUGCUUUAAUUCUGGAGUAUUUGAAAUGGUUCUUUCGCAUUUAAAUGAUGAGGACUAUUUGUUGAGACAAUGGUGCGCUCUCAUGCUUGGUCAACUCUGGGAUGGAAAUGACGAAGGUAGAGCAUUAGCUUUGAGGGAAAGCGCGACCGACAGAUUAUGCUUGAUGUUGAAUGACAUUUCACCAGAGGUUAGAUCUGCAGUCAUGUUCGCAUUGGGUACUUUCAUGGGUGCUUCAGGCAGCGUAUGGAAAGACGUAAACAAGCUCCAGCCUGGUGAAGUACCCAGACUCGGAGGUGGUGGUACAGGCCCUCUUCCUGGUAUUUCAAGCCUAGAGCAUUUCACUUUCGAAGUUCACUUGGCAACUGCUGUGUUAGCUGCUAAAGAAGAUGCAUCACCUAUGGUUAGGAAAGAGUUAGUUAUAUUCUGGUCCGCUUUCGUUCGCGAGUGGCAAGGCUGGUUCAGUGUUGCUGCCUACGCUUAUUACGUUUGUGAAAAGCGUGACGAAGCUCGAUUAAUUGGAAACCCAUACAAGCCAUCACUUACUGUUGUUAAGGAAGCUAUUUACGAACAUCAAGGGGAAAAGCUUGGUGAUAAGCUGUUAGAUGAUUUCACGGCUCUUUAUAUGGCCUUAUUGGACAUGACAGUAGAUCCAUAUCCAGAGGUUGGCUCGCAUGCCUGCACAGUUGUCGACUUUAUUCAUGCUUUACUCAUUGAGUCACCAUUGGCCGACUCUGAAGAUUCGGCUCUGUCUCAUAUACCUCCAGUUAAACAAGAUUUUGGUACUGAAGCGGAAGCGACGCAAAGUGCAGCUACAAGUAAGGUUAAGAGCCAACCAACCUCUCCAGCACGUACAGCAACAGCCCCCAAUCUUACGCAGUUCGCUAAGAAUCCGAAUGUAAAGAGUAUGAAGAACGCCCCACCGCUAAAAUCAUCUGGCUCAUUUACAGCUGCCCUCAACAAAUUGACAUCUCUUCCUUCAUUAACCAAUCUCACAAGUCUCAACAGAGGCAACGAAGAACCUGAAGAAGAUCACCCGUCACCUCAUUUUAACCAUGCACUUUACCACUCACCUUAUGUUCCUCAACAAAUUACAAAAAUCAAACCCGAAAGCGAGUCAAGUGAUGUAAAUGCAGAGGCAAGUCGAGCUGGUCAAAUGGCCCAUACACCACCAAGGACACCAUCACCUAAUAUAUUGGAGCAUGGUGUUAACGGAAAUGAUCACGAUCAUCAUAAUGGUGGCUAUGAGGCAUACAAUGAAGAGACUAUGAAUGUCUUUGACGCUGUCACAAUGUUACUUGACGAGGACGAAUAUAGAUUGAGAAGGCGUAAGGAGAAAACGAACGGUGGAAAGUUUCAUCCGUCAACACAAGCAUCUAGUCAUGCCGAUAUACCGGUUACGCCGUUUAGAAAAGAGCUUCAAGCUCAGAUGGGUAUAAUAUUGCCAUUGAAGAGUAGACUGUUUGACUGGUGCUGUGAGUAUUUCACGGAGCCUCAGAUGCGCAACCCCGAAGCUGAAGAGCCCGGUAGCGAGAAGUACAAUGAACAGAUGUGGCGUCGGCAACGAAACGAAAAAGUAGUGAUAGAUACACAAACGCAGGCUGAAGUAGCGACUCGAAGUGAAUGGAGGGAAAACAUCAUUAACAUUCAAGAGCACUAUUUCCCAGUGAAAUUAAAUUUCCAUCAGUUUGAGCCGCAGUUAAUUACUGCUGAUCCUCAUGACGCCAUCUCUAUCUGGGACUGGAAAGAGGGCGUAAGGUUGAACAGAUUUAGUAACGGGAAUCCAUGGGGCAGCAACAUUACCACUGUGAAGCUGAUAAAUGAGGACGAUCAAGCUUUGCUGCUCACCGCCAGUGCUGAAGGUAUGGUGCGUGUAUUCAGAAAUUACAGCACACCAGGAGGUGCAGAGUUGGCGACGUCGUUUAAGGCCAACAGUGAGAUGGUUCCAUCUAGGCAUCCCUCUGGAUUGGUCGCUGAUUGGCAACAAGCGACCGGACAUCUCCUCGUUGGUGGUGACUCACGAGUAAUCAGAUGUUGGGACUCGCAAAGGGAGCUGUUUCACUCUGAUAUUCCCACAACUGCUCAGAGCUGUCUCACUGCUAUCACAUCAGAUCAAGAUAUGGGCAACAUUGUUAUUGCUGGAUUCGGUGAUGGUACAGUUAGAGUUUAUGAUCGUAGAGAGGACUCGCGCAACUCGUGUGUCGCUCACUACAGAGAGCACUUGAGCUGGGUUCAAAACAUCCAUCUGCAAAGAGGUGGAAACAGAGAACUUGCUAGUGGAAGUAUCGAUGGUGAUAUUCGGCUCUGGGAUAUCCGAGCGCAGGCUUCUAUUUCUAGGGUGGAUGCACAUAGAGAGGGUAUGUCAUGCAUCGAUAUGCACGAGCAUGCAAGUGUCCUGGCAACAUCGUCGAUGCCAGAGUUCAACAGCAGUGGUAUAAGAACACAAACAGUCAAGCUAUGGAAAGUAGACUCAGAGGGUAUACUCCCAAGAGGCAGAACUAUAUCAUCAAGACCAUUGGCACCACCAGCAAAAGCUCUGCCGUUCAAUCCAUCAGUCUCGAGUCUCAAUUUCCAUCCAAAUGAAAUGUUAGUUGGUAUGGGCAGCGCUGAUGGCCAAAUAAGCAUCGUUGCUUGUAAUGAAGCAAUGAGUACGCAUGAGGAUAAUUUUAUCUAG